AUGGCCGCCGUGGCCGUCCUUCGGAACGACUCUCUGCAAGCGUUUCUCCAGGUCAGUCGCCCCGUCGAGCCGGGAGGUGGAAGGGAGGAGAAAGGGGUGCGUAAAAAGAAAGACCAAAAAAACUGGGCGCAUCUUUUUGAACAUCCAGGCGCAAGGAGGCAGAGAGGAGGGAGGGGAUGCCUUUGCUGGGGGACCCCCCCCCCAAAGUUGAAGGGUCGCUGUGCGCCCCUUCUGGGGAACUGAGCUGUAAGGUGCUACUCCCAUACCCGUUUGGGUUUAUGAUGCUGAUGAAGUAGAAAUGUUGAGAGGCUUCUGGGUUGGCGAGGAAACUUCUUGGCUUGGGAAUCCGCGCCUAGCGCUCGCUCGAGGGACUGGCUGCCCUGGAAUCGGCAGAGAGAAACUUUUUCUCUCUCCGGUUACAGCCAAGUUUCGCAAGGAGGGCAAAGCUGGAGUGGACGGGGGAAGGGUUGCUUCCUCGCUGCGGGAAGCUGCACCCCCGGGGUGGCACCGGUUUAGUAGGGGAGGAAGCGGGGUCGCAGCGUUUGGCGGGGGGCUGAUCGAGGCAGACUCCAGCCCGCCCCCUCUCUGAAGUUUCCUGGGAAACUUCCCCGCCCACGUGCUGGGCAGCCGUUGCUGAACUCCUAGCAGCGAACUUUGGGGGAGAGGCCGCUGGGGAGCCAAAAGGCGGCCGGUGCCCGCUUGUUGGUGGGCGGGGAGGCAGCUGGGCGACGGGCGACUAACGACGUGUCUCCCGCAGGACCGCACUCCGAGCGCCUCCCCCGACGUGGCCAAGCACUCGCCGCUGGCUUUACUGGCCGCCACCUGUAGCCGCAUCGGGCAGCCCGGCGCAUCGGGCCCGCCGUCGGACUUCCUGCAGGUGUCCUACGAGGCCAGCUUGGGCUCUCCGUCCAGGAUCUUCCACCCGUGGAGCAGCGACAUGCCGGCGCACUCGCCGGGCGGCCUGCCGCCGCCGCCGCCCAGCCUGGGCCUCACCCCGCAGCCGGCCUUCGGCAGCGCCCACGAGCUGCCGCUGACGCCGCCGGCCGACCCGUCGUACCCGUACGAGUUCUCGCCCGUCAAGAUGCUGCCGCCGCCGCCGCCGUCCAUGGGCGCGCUGUCGUCCAGCUGCGCUCCGCCGCCCGCCGCCUAUGUGCCCUACGCCGCCCAAGCGGCCCUGCCGCCGGGCUACUCCAACCUGCUGGCCCCGCCGCCGCCAGCGCCCCAGCUCUCGCCGGCGCCCGAGGACAUCCCUUGGUGGAGUAUCCAGCAGGCGGCGCCCGGCGCGGGCGGCUGCGCGCACCGCUUCGCGGGAAACCUGCAGCGCGGCCUGGUCUUGGCGCCGUCGGAGCUGGCGCAGUACCAGACGCAGCUAGCCGCGCUGCUGCACCCCAAGGCGCCCCUGGCGGCCACGGCCAGGAGGUGCCGGCGCUGCCGCUGCCCCAACUGCCAGGCGGCGGCGGCCGGAGGUGGAGGCGGAGGCCCCGACGGGGCGCCCUCCUCCGAGCCGGGCAAGAAGAAGCAGCACGUGUGCCACAUCCCCGGCUGCGGGAAGGUGUACGGCAAGACGUCGCACCUCAAGGCGCACCUGCGCUGGCACACGGGCGAGCGGCCCUUCGUCUGCAACUGGCUCUUCUGCGGCAAGAGCUUCACGCGCUCCGACGAGCUGCAGAGGCACCUGCGGACUCACACCGGCGAGAAGCGCUUCGGCUGCGCCGAGUGCGGCAAGCGCUUCAUGCGCAGCGACCACCUGGCCAAGCACGUCAAGACGCACCAGAACAAGCGCCUCAAGGCCGCCGCCGCGCCGGGACACGGACACGCGUGUGCCACCGUCAAAAGGGAGGAGCCCAGGGACAUGUAA